AUGGCUGAUGCACGCCAACGAACCAUUAUCAAGGUUUUCCGCAAAUACAGCAACUCACUGGGACCGGAUGUCAUUGAGUUCCUGGAAACAAUUCUGGAUCAACAUGAAAUCGAGGACGCCGAGGUCGAAUCGUCCAUCGACACCCUUGCGCACGAAUACAAUAAGCAGGAUGACGCUUUGAUGAAAGUCUCUAUCGAAGUGCUUCAACGGGUCUACGAGUCACUCCAAGACCAAGGACAGCGUCCAGGGGCAGAGAAAGAGGCCCUAGAUCCAGAUGCGCACUUAUUUGUGGUUGAUGCAUUCGAGAUGCCACUUUGGCAUUGGUCGCAAGAACGGGGAACGUUUGAAAAGGUUUCCACGCCGCUUACCAUGUCUGCUUCUGCCGACUCGCGGGUUCUAGCCAUGCGCGACCGUUUGAAUAUCAUCAAACAAUCCGUGCUUCGCAAUGAACAUUUCGCACCAUCGACUUUGCCUUCAAGGGACCGAGAGCGAUUAGUCACUUUGCGGUCCACCAAACAGCUUCUUGGCCGCUCCGGAGAGCGUUUCUUGCUGUUGGGAAUGCUCGCUCAUAACAAAGAAGGCAAGCUUUGCAUCGAAGAUGCUGACGGGAGCGUCGAGUUGGACUAUUCCAAGCUGGACGAGCCAGGAGAUGGUCUGUUCACAGAAGGCGGCUUUGCUCUUGUUGAAGGCGAAUACACGGACGAAGGGACGCUAGAAAUAAUUGCCAUUGGACAACCUCCAUGUGAACCCAGAGAGACUUCUCGAUCAAUAUACGGUCAUAUUGAUUUCCUCGGCAAGGGGGCUACUUCGCUCUUGGAAGACACCAGCUUAUCUGUUAGGGUUCAUCGCGAACUGGCGGACAUUAACUUCUUCUUCCUUUCGGACGUGUGGUUAGACCAUCCUCGAACACUUCCUGGUCUACAAAAAAUGUUUCAAAACUGCAUCGACAACCGCUUUAUCCCAAAACUCAUUGUUUUGUGCGGCAAUUUCACAAGCAAGUCAAUUAGUCACGGUCAAGGCCGAGAUGUACAGCGUUAUCAAGAAAACUUUGAUGCAUUGGCCGAUCUCAUUGCUUCAUACCCCUCGAUAACCCGCACCACCCAUUUCGUACUUGUCCCAGGCCCGCUGGACAUUACGGUCAACUCGACACUUCCCCGACGACCAUUACUGUCGACAUUUACCGGUCGUCUCAAAGCUAAAAUUCCCAAAAUACAUUUUGCGACCAAUCCAUGCCGGAUCAAGUUCUUUCAUCAGGAAAUUGUUGUCUUCCGGGAAGAUUCCAUGGCCAGGAUGUUGCGAAAUAUUGUUGGAGUAAAACCUGAUGCUCGAAGUGACGAUUUGAAGCGAUUUGUAAGCCACAUCUGCAGUUGGUGCAAUCUAUUCUGGACCAAGGGCAUCUUUGCCCCCCUCACAAUAAACAUCCAUGCGACACUCUCCGACUUUGAUCAUGCGAUGCGCCUAUAUCCUCUGCCGACUGCCGUGAUUCUAGCGGACAAAUACGACCGUUAUAAGAUCACAUAUACUGGCUGCCAUGUUUUCAAUCCUGGACGCUUUGUUGGCGCCGCGUUUGUGUUUUCGACUUAUCAGCCAGCUCAGAUGAAUUCGGAAGAAUGGUCAGAACUUGGUUUAUCGCGUUUCAUUCGCUCAUCAUUUCUGUAG